AUGGCGGCCCUGCUCCUCAGACUGCAAGCCCCUCCUCCCCCUCCUCCCUUGCUGCCCCAAGGUGCCCCCACACUAAAGUCCUGCCUCCUCACCCCUCGCCCAGGCCGAGAGGGGCUCAAAACUGAGGGGAGGUGGUGGGCGCCAGGAGGCCGCCGCAUCCUGGCCUCGCUGGCUGUCCCCGCAGGUCGCGCUGCAGGCUCUGAGCUGGCCUUCCUGCGGGAGCCGGGGGACGUGGUGGCCACGUGGGAGCGCCCACUGGUGCUGCCAUGCCGGGUGGAGGGUGAGCCACCUGUGUCCAUUUCCUGGCAGCGGGAUGGGCUGGCCCUGGCCAACGACAGCAGUGCCAUCCUGAUGCCCGACGCUCUGCAUCUGGCCACCCCGCCCUCCCGCUGGAGCCUCCCCUCCCGUGCCCACGAGUACCACUGCGUGGCCCAGAACCGCUUUGGGCGCCUGGUGAGCCGGCGGGCCCGGGUGCAGCUGGCAAGUCUGUCGCGCUUCCAUCAACAUCCAGAGUCCAUCGAGGUUGAGCCGGGUGGAGUCGCCCGCUUCCAGUGCCUGAUCCGGGGAGUGCCGGAGCCUUCCAUUUCCUGGGAGCACAACGGCACGACCUUGAGUACUGCCAACCACCGGCGAGCAGCAGCGAGAAGUGGCGGAGUGGCAGGCUGUGGGCCACUGCACAGCCACGGACCCCCGACUCCUGCAUCCUCCACAUCACCAGCCCAGGAUGCCUGGCUGACCCUGAAGGUGGGAUCCCCACGGCUGCUGCAGGAGCCCGAGAUUCUGUCUGGGCCUCAGAACCUGACGCUCACAGUGCACCAAACGGCAGUGCUGGAAUGCAUCGCCACAGGCCACCCACGGCCACUGGUCUCCUGGAGCCACCUGGAUGGCCGCUCCAUCGGCGUAGAGGGCAUCCAAGUCCUGGGCACCGGGAACCUCAUGAUCUCCAAUGUGUCGGUCCAGCACUCGGGCAUCUACGUCUGUGCGGCCAAUCGGCUGGGAACCCGGGUCCGACGCACAGCACAGGGCGUCCUGCUCGUGCAGGGUGACUCCGCCUUUGUCCAGUGGCCACAGUCCUUGUCCAGGCCUCCAGGCAGCAGCGCCGUCUUCACCUGCGUGGCCCAGGGCGUCCCUGAGCCCUGGCUGGCCUGGUUGAGGAAUGGGAAGGGGCUGAGUCCUGGGGAUAACAUUCGGCUAACCCACAACAACAGCACACUGAUGCUGGUGGGGAUCUCAGCGGAGGACGAGGCCAUCUACCAAUGCGUGGCAGAGGACAGCGCGGGCUCCAACCAGGCCAGUGCCCGCCUGGCUGUGACAGGGGACCCAGAGCCACCCCCUGCCCCCAGGUGUCUGCAGGCAACGGCUCUCUCCACCUCUGCCAUUCUAGUGUCCUGGGAACCACCGCCCUCCAAUGGGGACAUCACUGGCUAUGUGCUGCACCUCCGGCCCGUUGGAGAGCCAGCUGGCCCGGAGCUCCAAGAGGCCGUGGGCAAAGGCACCUUUGAGCAUGUCUUCUCCAGUCUGGAGCCUGACACGGUCUAUUCUAUCCACUUGCGGGCCUACUCAGCAGAGGGUGCCAGCCAGGACCCUGCCUCCAUCCACGCUUCCACCAUGGGCAGCACCCCUGCUGCCCUUGGCUUCUCCACCAAAGUGCUCAACGCCACCUCUGUUCAGGCCUCCUGGGAGCUGCCAUCCCAGCUGGGGCCCAUCCAGGGCUUCAAAGUCUUUCACCACAAGCUGCCCGCUGCCCAUUUUGAGGGGCCCCUGCUCCUGGCUAGCACUGUCAGUUCCUUCCUCUACACAGAUCUGGAGUCCAAGGCUGGGUGCUCCUGCAGCCGGGAUGAGAACAGCUCGCUGCCUGGGGUUGUGGUGGGCAUCCACGUGGGCCUGGCUGCCCUCAUCGUUUGCCUCCUUUGUCUCCUGCUGGGCUGGAGACACAGCCUCUUCUGCAGACAGGGGCCCCAGGAAUGCUGGGCAGUACCUCAGAGUGCCUCGGACAGAGCUGGGGGCUGCAGAGGCCAGGCUCCGAGUGGAGGGAAGCCGGGGGAGGAGACUGAACUCAUCACCCAGGUGACCGUGGAGCAGCCGCCCUUACCCUAGGGCCCUCCAAGUUGGCUCCCUCCCAGAUGCCACUAACUCCGGCCCCACCAAAGAAUCUAUGUCACCUUUCGCUGCCACCCCGGAGUCAAGAAAGAACCAAAGGUCCCUAAGCCCCUCUCCGGGGAGGGUCAGGUCUGACCAUAGGGUGAGAGAAGAGGUUGUGAUUUCUGUUUCUCCCUUCUCCUCAAGAAAUGGGGAAAUCUGUGUCUUCCCCAACACACCAAAUAACUCAAACUAAACCAUGCUCAGGUGGGAGUUCUCUCCAACCCAUUAGUCCUCCCUCAUAACACCAUCGAAUAUAUCCUCUUGAUCCAAAAAUGAACUACCCAAAGAUAUAUAGCUUUAAAGCCCCCCCCCCAAGAGGGGACUCAGGGCAAGGGGCUCUGUCAGCCACUCCAUCUUCCAACCCAAACCCCCAGUCUGAAAUCUGUUUUGUCUCCUCAUGCCUAAGCUGGAGUCUGACCAGGGACAGGCAACCUGCAUUCCUGCUGGUCUAAAUAGGCAGGUGGGCAAAGGGGCUGCCAAGUUCCUUGCCCCCUUGUCCCAACAACAGAAGAGUUCUGAACAUCUAAGCUCACACACGCUGCUUCUCUGAGCAACCAAAUGCCCAUCUCCCCCUUUCCAGAUCCAAAGCAUUGACCCCUUUUCGGGAGGCAUGCCUCCUCAUUUUUCUAUUUUUGAAAGGAGAUACUAGUUCGCGCUGAGGUGCUGUUGGCCUUGAAUCCCUUGUAGAAUGAGCACAGACGCUGUGGGGCACCCCACACAUCUAUUCCCCUCAAUUCUAGGUGUCCAAAGAGCACCUCUUUCCCACUCCUCCCUCUGACCCUCCUGGCCCCCUUGUCCCUCCUCGUCCAGCUCUACCACAAACCUAAAACCAAACCCCAGGCUCUCCCUCAAUCUGCCGCCCUCCAAGGCUGUCCAGUAUUGUGUCAAAAAGGGGGUAGGGUCUUGGAGGAAGGAAAACCCAGGUCUUAGGGGGACCCCAAACACUGUCUCCUCUGUGCUCUUGUAGGAUGAUGCUCAUACCAGUGACAAGACCUCCAGCAAGGCUGGGCCCUGCCCCUCCCCAACUGCACAAGGGGCAUAAGCAGCUUUAACUAAUAAAUGUGGCAGGGGACCAAGAGGUUAAGAACAGCCCCAAACUUCAGGUCCCUGAGGAAGUAACAUCCUCUCCUCUGGGUGGGCCUGGUCUAAGAGCU